AUGGGGCCCCCGGGCAAUAGGGGAUCAUGGGGCCCCUGUUUCCUUGCCCAAACUCAAAAAAGCCUAUGAAAAAGUACCAGGGGCAUCUCAUGGGGCCCCCUACUGACCCCGAGUUUCCAAAUGAGGCCAGCUUUCAGCUCCUGCAGAAAGAGACAUACAGGGGAUUGGUUCCAGGGCGGACUGACAACUCAUGGGGCCCCCGGGCAAUAGGGCAUCAUGGGGCCCCUGUGUCCUUGCCCAAACUCAAAAAAGCCUAUGAAAAAGGUACCAGGGGAAUCUCAUGGGGCCCCCUACUGACCCCGGGCCCUCGGACAGUGCCCGAGUUUCCAAAUGGUCAGUCCGCCCCUGUGCAGAGCUAAAAUUUUAAAAUGUAUGUGCAAUACAAUA